AUGAUCCAAGAGAAGAAGGACGAGAAGGACAUCUCGCUGAAGCGGCUGCAGACCGGCGUGGACAAGAUCGAUGAGGCCAACCAGUUUGUGAACAGCCUCCAAGAGGAGCUCACAAAAUUGGCCCCGGUGAUCACCGAGAAGAUCAAGGAGGCAGAUGAGUUGGUGCCAGUCGUCACAGAGGAGCAGAAAAAGGCUGAAGUGAUCAAGGAGAAGGUUGCAAGCGAAGAGGUUGUGGUCAGAAAGCAGGCGGAUGAAGUGAAGGCCAUUGCGGAUGACGCGCAGAAAGACCUCGACAUUGCCAUGCCGGCUCUUGAGAGUGCCUUGGAUACCAUGUCGGGCGCCCUGAAGUCUUUGGAUGCCUUGGACAAGAAGGACAUCCAGGAGAUCAAGUCCUUCGCGAAGCCACCCCCUCUGGUGAUGAUGACCAUGGAGGCGGUGAAUGUGCUGCUGCAAGAGAAGCCGGACUGGGACACUGCCAAGAAAGUGCUGAACCGGCCCACCUUCUUGCAGGACUUAAAGUCCUACGACAAGGACAACAUUCCGGAGAAGGUGCUGAAACAGCUCUCCAAGUAUGUGACCAAGCCAGAGUACACAGUGGAGGCAGUGGGAAACCAGAGCAAGGCUGCGAAGAGUCUGUGCAUGUGGACCUAUGCCAUGGACACCUACUCGAAGGUGGCGAAAGAAGUGGAGCCCAAGAAGCAGAAGGUGGCUGAGCUGAACGACAAGCUGGCGAAGGCCAAUUCGGAGCUUCAGGCGAAGCAAGACAACCUCCGGGAGGUGGAGUCCCAGGUGGCAGCGCUGCAGAAGACGAAGCUCAGCGACACCGUCAACGAGAAGGACCGCCUGGUGGCGGAGGCUCAGCUCACCAAGGAUCGCCUGGCGCGUGCGGACAUCCUCACUGUGGGGCUGAAGGACGAGGGCGUGCGCUGGCGCGAGACCGUGUCGAGCAUCCGCCAAGACAUCAUCAACCUCACCGGAGACGUCUUCUUGUCCGCGGCGUCCAUCUCGUACUACGGGCCAUUUACCGGUGUAUACCGGAACGAGAUCGUGGAUGCAUGGCUCAAGGAGCUGAAGAACCUUCAGAUCCCCUCUGGCGAAACUUUUGAUUUGCGGGCAGUCAUGGGAAACCCGGUGGAGAUCCGGGAGUGGAAUCUUCAGGGCUUGCCGGCAGAUGCGGUGUCCAUCAACAACGGGGUCAUGGUGAUGCGCGGCAAGCGCUGGCCCUUGAUGAUCGACCCCCAGUCCCAGGGAAACAAGUGGAUCAAGAAGAAGGAGGGCAAGGAGCUGAAGACCUUGAAGAUGACCAACCCAAAGAUGCUUCUGAUCUUAGAAGGUUGCAUUCGCACAGGGGCUCCCAUGCUUAUGGAGGAUGUCGAAGAGACCCUGGACCCAGCCCUGGAGCCAGUCUUACUCAAGGCCGUGUACGAAGACAACAACCGCUUGCAGAUCAAGUUGGGCGACAGCGAGGUGGACUAUGACAAGAACUUCUUGUUCUACAUGACCACCAAGAUGCCCAACCCCCACUACUUCCCGGAGGUCUGCAUCAAGGUGACUGUCAUCAACUUCACCGUCACCUUCGAAGGCUUGGAAGAGCAGCUGCUGAAUGAGGUGGUCAGCAAGGAGAUCCCCGAGACGCUGCAGCGCCGGGUGGAGCUGAUGUUGCAGCUGGCGGACGACAAGAAGGUGCUGAAGCAGCUGGAGGACAAGAUCUUGAAGCUGCUCUCCGAGUCCAGCGGCAACAUCUUGGAUGAUCAGGUGCUCAUCAGCACCCUGGGGGAGUCCAAGGAGACCUCCACGGCGGUGAACCAGCGGGUGAAGGCGGCGGAAGAGGCCGCCGUGGAGAUCGAUGCGGCCUGCAAGCAGUACACUGAGGUUGCCACUGGUGGCAGCAUCCUCUACUUUGUCAUUGCGGACUUGGCGAACAUCAACCCGAUGUAUCAGUUCAGCCUUUUCUACUUUGUGCGGCUCUUCAAGAACUGCAUGGACAAAGCUGCGAGAAGCGAUGACAUCGACAUCCGCAUGACCAACCUGAGCAACCAGAUCCUCUUUGGCAUCUUCCAAAACGUUUGCCGAGGCCUCUUCGAGGACAACAAGCUCACCUGCAGCUUCCUCAUCGCCACAGCGCUGCAGCGCCACAGCGGGGAGAUCAGCCCCACGGAGUGGUCCCUGCUGCUCAGGGGCGUCGGGCUUUUGGACAUGAGCGGCAAGCCCCCGAACCCGGACCACGACUUCUUCACCGACAAGAUGUGGGACUUCGUCUAUGCCAUCCAGCAGUACUCGCAGGACCGGUGUCCGGAUCUGUGCCAACACAUGACCGAGAACCUGGAUGAGUGGAAAGCAUGGGUUGCGCAAGAUCUACCGCACCUUCAACCCCUGCCCCAGAGCUACGAGGAGGAGAACCAGCUUCACUACUUCCACUACCUGCUACUUCUCAAGGGGCUGGCACAAGAGAAGCUGCUGGUGGCCAUUCAGGAGCACACCCGCAGGUCCCUCGGCGAAGACUUUAUCAUCUUCCCCACCGCGACAGUGGCUGAGCUCUAUGCCGACUCCACCCGUAGCACACCCAUUGUCUUUGUGCUUUCCACCGGCGCAGAUCCCACCUCCAUGCGGGGCCGCGUGCAGAUGGGCCAAAGCGCCUCGGAGCUCGGCGCCGAGCCGCCCGCGCCCGCGCCGGCGCCGUCGGAGCCGACGCCGGAGCCAAGCACUUGGCGCUCCGCGGAGUCGGAGGAGUCAGAGGCAGCGCAGGCUCAGAGCCUUUUGCUCGGCGACGAGUUGCUAUGCCGGUGCAUCUCUGCCUGGUCGACACUCUGGGAGGCCGUACAAGCUGGCGCCGUGUGCAGGCAAUGGCGCCGCAUGUUUGUGGACCAGAAGUGGGCAGACCUCUGCGUGCUCAACGGGGGCGUCUGCAAAACCACACGGCCCCGGCUGUGGCGCCAACUGACCGCGGUAGGAGAGCUGGAGGCGCGGUGGUGCGCCAAGCUGGGGGUUUUCGACGCGCAAGAGGCCUUCAACGCGCUCUUGCGCCAGCCCUUGGCCAAGGCCAAGGUCUCGGAGAUCGAGCGAGACGUGCACCGCACCUAUCCCACCCACGAGCGCUUCAGCCAGGGCGCUCCCGGAAGAACCGAGCUGUCGCAGGUUUUGCAGGCCGCGGUGCUGGCGGAGCCCAUGGUGGGCUAUUGCCAGGGCAUGAACUUCGUGGCGGCCACUCUGCUGCUGCAUGUGGGCUCGCCGUGCGAAGCCUUUUGGCUGCUGCUGGCCCUGAUGGAAGGGUACCACUUCCGCUACGUCUUCGCCCCUUCGGUGCCUUUGCUGCCGCUGCGGUGCUUUCAGUUCGCGGGUUUGGUGCGGAAGCUGCUGCCGCGGCUCUGGCGGCACCUCAGGGAGGACGGCCACUCCCUGGAGAUCUUCGCACACCAGUGCGUACUGACGCUUUUUUCCUACACCUUAGAGCCUGACCUGCUGGCCCACGUCUACGAUGUCUUCUUUUUGCUUGGCUGGAAGGCCUUUUUCCAGAUGAUUGGGGUGAGCUUGCUGGCAUUCCUGGAGGACAAGCUGUUGGGCAUGUGCCUGGAGGACAUCUCCAGGUUUCUGCACCAGUGCAAGCGCCACCUCAGCCUUGGCCCCAACAGCCGCGCCAUCCGCACGUUGCUGCACUUCGAGGUGCCGGUGGGAUGGCUGGAAGACCUGGAGGCGGACUUCCAGUUGGAACGCCUCAAGCUGCUCUUGGACCGGGUCCCUGAGCCCGACGACCCAUCCGAUGCGUCGCCACAGGGCGAGCCAUUGCCCGCCGGCCUGGAGAGAAACUCCUCAGGCUUCCUGGUUGAUGGCAACAGCUUGCGCAGCGCCAAUCUGCCGCCUCGCGGCAGUGUCCUCCAUUCGCGCGGGCGCGAUGGGUUGACACCGCCGGUGGGUGACUCGGGCACGGCGCUGCGGGUACCCGAUGACGAGCUGCGAAAGCUGAAGGAGGAGCUGAGGAAAUUCGACGAGCAGACACAGCUGGACGUGCAGGAGUUCCGGCAGCGCAUCGCGGAGGCGGAGAAGGAGCUGUCGCAGCUCCUGCGGAGCACCGCGGAGUUCCGGGAGGAGGUGAAGUUGGCGGAGGAUCGCUGGGAGGAGCGCCAGGCGUACAAGAAGACUCUGAUGGAGGCUGCGCAGGUGGCUUUGGAUUCCGUGCCCCCCGCAGAGCCCAUGGACUGCGCGCCACAGGAGCUGCUGUUGGACUGCCGGGAGAAGCUUCAUCGCCUGCAGAACGACACGCUGUUGGAGGAUCGGAGGAGGCAGACCUUGGCGAAGGAGUUCCAGGGCCUGCAGGAGGACAUCGCAGAGCUGAAGGAGGUCAAAGCUCGGUCCAUGGUUCAACUCCAGUGCUUCUUGGAGCUCCGGACGCAGCAGCGGCAGGGCAGGCUAAAGAACGCCCUCCAGCAGCUGCUUCCCAUGUCUCCGCUGGACCUCAACAGCGCCUCUACCAUGGGCGUCAUCUCCCUGGGCCAGGGUCAAGGUCCUAAGGCGAAAGCCAUGGUGGUGGAGGCCAGGAAGAAGGGGACCUGGGUGCUGCUCCAGAACUGCCAUCUCUACAAGACCUUCAUGCCUGAGCUGGAGAAGAUGUGCGAAGAGCUCGAGGAGCCGAGCAUGACCCACAAGGACUUCCGGCUCUUCUUGACGAGCAUGCCGGCCGCGUACUUCCCCGUGCCGGUCUUGCAGAACGGCAUCAAGCUCACUACAGAGCCGCCCAAAGGCCUCCGAGCCAACAUUGUGCGCUCAUUCCUGCCCAUGUCUGAUGACCAGCUCAACGACUCGGCGAAAGCGAAGGAGUGGCGGCGCUUGCAAUUCGGCUUGAAGUUCUUCCAUGCGGUGAUUCAGGAGAGACGGAAGUUUGGGCCGCUGGGCUGGAACAUCCGCUACGAGUUCAAUGACUCGGACUUGGAGACCUCAACGACAAUCACGCACAACAUGCUGGAGCUGGAUGGGCCUAUCCCCUGGGACACCUUGCUCUUUGUCAUUGGCCACAUCAACUACGGCGGCCGCGUCACGGAUGACAACGACAGGAGACUGCUGUUGUCCAUCCUGGAGAGGUACGUAACUCCGAAGAUCCUGGAGAAGGACUACAUCUUUUCGGAGAGCGGUACGUACAGGUGUCCAGACAACUCCGAUACUGCGGACAUCGAGAGCUGGCGGAAGUUUGUGGCCAGCUUCCCGCUCUCGGAGCAACCGGAGGUCUUCGGCAUGCACGACAAUGCAAACAUCAGCUUCAUGAGUCAGGAGUCAGAGAAGGUGCUGAACACCGUCCUCUCAAUUCAGCCCCGCGAGGCGGGCGGCACUGGCGGCAAGAGCUCGGAGGAGGUGGUGCUGGAGCUGUCGGCGGAACAAGAGGGUCGCUUGCCCGAGAAGCUUUCCGCAGAGAACGCUCAUGCCGAGAGCUUUGCCAUGAGCGAGGAGACUGGCCUGAUGACCUCGUUGGGCACUUGCCUCUCGCAGGAGAUGACCCGGUUCAACCGCCUGCUGGCGCAGAUGACGAGUACCCUCAAGCAGCUGCAGAAGGCGGUCAAGGGCAUCAUCGUCAUGACCGGGGAGCUGGAUGAUAUGUUCAACGCCGAGCUGAACAACUUGGUGCCUGCGAUUUGGACGAAGGACAACAUCGGGUACCCGUGCUUGAAGCCGCUGAACUCAUGGUUUGAGGACAUGAUCCUCCGCUUCGACUUCUUCCGGGACUGGAUCGAGGGCGGAAUCCCGGUCGCCUAUUGGAUCUCCUCCUUCUACUUCCCGCAGGGCUUCUUGACCUCGGUGCUACAGGGCUACUCCCGCGGCAAGUUGAUCCCGGUGGAUCAGUUGUCCUUCGAGUUCGUGAUGCAGGACACCAGCGACGCCCAAGACCUGCAGACCAAGCCGGAGGAAGGCAUUUACAUCCACGGUCUCUUCAUGGAUGGAGCAGCCUGGAACUAUGAGGACAUGGCCAUCGAUGACCAGGAGUUCGGCACGAUGUUCGUGAAAGCGCCGAUCAUCAACUUCAUCCCCUGGCAGGUUCGACGAGAUGCUCGCGUUCGGUACCGCUGCCCGAUCUACAAGACCUCCAUCCGCGCUGGUACACUCAGCACAACAGGGCACUCCACCAACUUCGUCCUGGCCAUCGAGGCUCGGAAACUUGGAACCCAAACCUAUGAUUCUGUGGUAUUGGUGUCCUUUGCUCGGUUAGUUUGGGCAAUGAAAUACAUGGGUUCCACUGGUUUUGAUCGGUCUUAUGCGAUCCAUUUGCCAGGGAACUCCAUCUAUUUUGCCAAAAGGACGCCUAUGAUUUUGUUGGCUUAG